UUAGGCGAGGAACAAAACAAAGGAAAUAACCAUGGAUGUCCCAACAGUUGUUGCGGAAGCAUCACUGGCGACCAUGAACAAGGCCAAUGCGGGAAAGUGCCGGGCGUGCCUCUCGGUGAACCGGAAAACCGUCGCUCUGGACGCUGCAGUACCGAACUUGCAAAAAUCCCGAACCUAUGGACAAAGCUUGAAGCAGUGCACCAACAUGGACAUGCAGGUCAUCAGCCCCGGCGGCUACUUGUGGCCAAUGCAGAUCUGUGUGCGUUGCUGUCGCGCCCUGGAGGUGGCUAUGCACUUUGUGGAGAUGGCUUUGGACUCGAAUCUCAAGUUGUACGCUGAAGCUAAGACUGUGAAGGUGCCCAGUCCGAGUCCCACUGGGGAGCUGAAGCGAAAGGCCAGCAGUGAGUCGCUGCAUUGGAACCAAUUCAGUCAGGAGUUCGAGCAAUUUGUGGAGAGCUACGAGGGCGCGACGACAGGUCCCAUCGAGGAGAAUGUCCUCUACAUGCGUGGAGCCAAAGUCCCACGACUGGAUGCAGAUGCUUCGGCCAGUAAAAGGACCCCCAAAGAAGAUGAAGUUAUACUCUUCGAUGUCAAGUACGACACCAACAAUCUUGAGGAGGAGGACGAGAACGACGGCUCGGAUGCCAAGAACAGCGAAACCUUCUUUGAGAGCAGUAUUACGUCCGUAAAAGGAACACAAAGUGCUAUUUUAGCCACUUCAUCGGAAAGCAAGAAUGGCGAAAAUAAUAACAAUUAUACUUUUAAUAACAAAAACGGAGAAGUACCCGAUUGCCUGCCAGAUGCGGAGCGCGAACUUAUACAACGCGCUUCCUACAUGACACUUAACGAUAAUGACAGUAGUACAAAAGCGGAAAACGUCUCAAAACCUUCUGAAAGCCAACCUCUUCAAGAGGCAUCGGGCAGUCCGACAAGUGGAGUCUUAAACACCAAUAUACCUAUUCUUAAAUGCACAAUUUGCCAAUAUACCCAAACGGAUGCCAAACUUCUAAGAAGUCACUACAAAAGUAUUCACAAGAUGUACAUGGCGGAGGAUGACAUUAUUGGGUUGAACAAAAAUCAAAGUUUCAAGUGCCGUCCUUGUAAUAGUUAUGAGACAAAAGACAGGAGUGAAAUGCAGAGGCAUCUUAUCGACCAUCACAAAAUAGAUGGUGACUUUGAAAUGUACUGCUACGUCCAGCAGAACUGUCCAGCCUGUGCGCGUAUCUUCAAAGAUCAGCGUUCGGCAAGGAAACACUACACCAGAGUGCACACUCCCACACAGGUUGUGGUUGUAGCCACGGAGUCGCAUAUCUGCAGUGUGUGCGACAAAGUCUUCAACCAAAAGGCCAGCCUGCACAGCCACCAGCGCUUCUGCCAGGUUAAGGAUCCUGUCCACUGCACUUUCUGCGAGCAGCAGUUUAGCAGCGUUCGCAAGUAUGAGCUGCACUUGCAGCAACUCCAUUCCGUGGAAACGCUUCACGAGUGUGAGGUGUGCCAUCGCAGCUUCAAGAGUGCUGACACUCUGGCUAUGCACAGGAAGAGGCACUCGGAACGCCACUUUCAAUGCGACAAAUGCUCCUUGAACUAUGUGAAUUCCGCAGAGUUGAGGGUCCACUAUGAGCGGGCCCAUGUGAACGAGGAGCAAGUGAGCUGCCUUACCUGCGGCAACAAAUUCCAGAACUUUGCAUUGAUGCGGGAGCACGAGCAAAGGAGUCAUCAGAAGCAGGUCUGGCGGUGCGAAGUUUGCAACUUUGAGGCUGCCUCCAGGUCGCGGUGGCGUCAACACCAGUACGAGCACAUGGAGUAUCCUUACAAGUGUCAGAACUGCACUGGCGAGUUUGCCGAUCGAAGCAAGAUUCGCCAACAUUCCAAGAAGGUGCAUGGCAUCGAGCUUACCGACGAGCAGCUGGCUGAAAUGUUUAGAGAGAAAAAGGGCUACACCAACCGUCACGAUGCAUUUAACAAAUCAAACAACUCUCUGGAGAUUCCCGAUUUUACGGACGACUGUUUCGCCGAACUGAAGAGCCUGGGCGUUGACUACGACGACAUUACCACAGAUCUCUUCACCAAUUCCACUGCACUGGACAAGCUGUUGGACUUAAUUCCCUGAACUGAUAACCGAUCCGAUUACCCGUAGAUUUAACGAAAAAAAAAACAAGCUGCAUGAACAAUAGCUAACGAGAGCUAGAAGACUGUCACCACAUUGAAAAUCACCAGAACACUGCACCUCACUUAAACCGACCACAUUGCUCAGAAGACUUAGACCAAACUGUAGAGUACAUAUUAUUUGUAUCUAUAGGCAGAACAAGAUAUUUUUGAAGUCACAAUCUCAAUAAACCGCAACUAUUAUGCGUUUGAAAAGCGCCA